AUGUUUGAGGCAGCUGUGACCAAGUUUGUCAAAUCAGUCGGACAGGGCUCCCUUUUACCAGUGCCUAGCUUAGACGAGGCUGAGAAAUGUCGACCACUAGCUGUCGUUAUCAAGAAGAAACGCCGGUGGUUUUGGCAAUGUUCGAAAUACGAACCAACUCCUUUCUUCCUACACGAACUUCUUACAGAUGAAACCACACUUGGAUUGAAAUCAGAAACAAGGGACUUAGUUACAUAUAACAGAACUAGUAGAUUUUCAGCGAAAGGAAGCAUUGGUGCCAAGUUAAAAGUAUUGUUUGAUGUAGAAUUGAGCGGGUCAGACACAGUUCUUGUUGAGGCCAAAUUUGGAGAUGUAACCAAGGAAGAAGUGGACGUGCCAACUUUAUUAGAUGUUCUUAGCCAUAGGAACUUACAACUUGAUCAUGAGUUUAUAAAGCAGGUUCAGGAAAAUCCACGAAAAGUGCUCUGUGUGAUCACUGGAACUGCCGUCACUACCAAGGAUUGUACGAUUCACUCACACAUUGACUGGGAUCUAAAAGACAAGCUUUCUGUAGACAAACUGAAGGUAUGA